AUGUGGAAGCCGACAUUUUACCUCAUACUGUGGCUGUUCGCCAACAUCGAUGCGACAAUCCCGAGGAAAAUAUCAGCGCGGGAAACUUCAAUAAAGACGUACAACGUCGGAGUGCUGAUGGCAUCUCAUUUGGAUAGUCCCUUUGACUUGGAGCGAUGUGGACCAGCCGUUGAUCUCGCCCUAGCAGAAGUCAAUGAAUUUCUCAUCGUUCACAACGUCCAGCUGAGAAAGGUUCAAGCUAGCUAUCCAUCAUGUAGCGGUGCUAGGGCACCGGGAUUAGCUGCUGACAUGCAUUUUCGAGAUAAUGUAAUUGCAUUUGUCGGGCCAGCUUGUGCUUUUGCCCUCGAACCUGUUGCUAGACUCGCCGCUUACUGGAAUACUCCUAUUAUCACGGGAAUGGGUGAUCAGCCACCAUCAGAGGGCGAAUUAUCCGUGACUUCCGGGAUCCUUGGACGUCUGCACAAGUGGAAAAACGAGAGUUCGGGAAUAUUCAAAGAUAAGAGCAAGUACCCGACCCUCACGAGGAUGUCGUACUGUCAGUGUCGCCUUCGAAUGGUUUUUGCGAGUAUUUUCAAGGAGUUUGGGUGGUCUCACGUCGCUCUCAUCCUCGACAGAUCGGAUUUAUUUUCACUGACUGUUGGUAAAAAUCUCGAGUACGGAUUGAGGAAGGAUGGACUGCUGAAAUUCGUACGUGAAUUGGACGGCAAUUCCGAGGAUGACUCUCACCAUUUGUACUUGAGAGAUGCCAGCAUGUAUGCAAGAGUCGUAAUCCUGAGUGUACGCGGCACUCUUGUACGUAAGUUUAUGCUCGCUGCCCAUGAAUUGGGAAUGACUCGGGGGGAUUGGACCUUCUUAGAUGUUGAAAUAAUCCAGGGCUCAUAUUGGGGCGAUCAUGACUGGGAAGUGGGAGAUGAGGAUGACUCCGGUGCGAGAAAGGCUUACGAGUCGCUCCUGCGGGUGUCCCUAUUGCAACCGACGAGUCCUAGGUUCCAGGAUUUUGCUGAGGAUGUCAGGAUCAGAGCGCAGAGCGAUUACAAUUACACGUUCUCUGAUGGAGAAGAAGUGAAUUUCUUCAUCGGUGCAUUUUACGAUGGCGUUUAUCUCCUCGGAAUGGCCCUGAAUGAGACCCUGUCGGACGGUGGUGACAUAUGGGAUGGAGUGGCGAUGACAAGACGCAUGUGGAAUCGGGAUUUUAUGGGGAUAACAGGUCACGUUCGCAUAGAUGUGGACGGUGAUCGAGACGCUGACUACAGUAUCCUCGACCUGGACCCAAUCACCGGUAGAUUUGAAGUGGUGGCUCAUUACCUGGGCGCCAAUCGUCAAUACAGCCAGGUAUCUGGCAAGAAAAUUCACUGGCCAGGGGGUAGAGAAGGCCCACCCCGUGAUGUACCCGAGUGUGGAUUCCUGGGGAAUGAUCCCACUUGCUCGCAGAAGACCGAUGCCUACACCCUGGUGCUCUACGCCAGUCUCUCCCUGGCGAUUUUUCUGUUAGCUGCAGUGGCCGCUGCCUGUCUCCUCUGGCGACAUCUCCGAUUGUCCGCCGAUUUGAAUAACAUGUCCUGGAGGAUCAGGCCCGAGGAGCUAUUGCUGGAGGUCAACAAAGCUUUCUCCUCCAAGAUUAAUCUACAUCAGGCCAUGUCGGAAGCCAAUGUAAUUACACCAAAUUAUGGGCUUGAGCAACGUCGUCGUGGAUCACAGGUGAGUGGUGAUUCUCUAGGCCCCACCACCGUGUUCACCACCGUGGGAAUAUACAAAGGUGAACGUGUGGCCAUUAAAAAGAUCACGAAGAAGAAAGUCGUUGAUGUGACGAAAAAAUUACUGUGGGAGAUAAAGCAAGUGCGCGACGUUACCUCCGAGAAUACGGUCAGGUUCAUCGGGGCUUGUCUGUGCUCCCCUUCUCCCACAGUCCUCAUCCUCACCGAGUACUGUCCGAAAGGCUCGCUAAAGGACGUCCUGGGGAAUGACGCCAUAAAACUCGAUUGGAAUUUUCGAAUGUCUCUCAUUCAUGACAUCGUUAAGGGUAUGGAUUACCUUCACGCGAGUGAAGUCGUUGCACACGGUAAAUUGCGAUCGUGCAAUUGCCUCAUCGAUGGUCGAUUUGUACUUAAAAUAUCGGAUUUCGGCUUGAAAACACUCACUAUGCCCGCUGACUUGACCAUUGACGAUAACUAUUACACAAAAUUACUAUGGGUGGCACCUGAAUUACUGCCUCAAACGGUUCUUCCUGGAAGUGCAGCAACGCAGAAAGGCGAUGUCUACAGUUUUGCGAUUAUUCUAGAGGAGAUAGUUCUUCGUGGGGGGCCUUACGAAGUCGCCAGGGCCUACAUGACUUCCCAAGAGAUUGUGAAUCGAGUAUCAUCGGGAGAAAAUCCAAGUUUUCGACCUGAAGUGGCACCACGAGACUGCCCCUUGGAUAUUCUCACACUAAUGGAAAAGUGCUGGAGCGAGGGGCCAGAGGACAGGCCGAGUUUCCAUACAAUUCGAGCGAUAAUCAGGGGAAUAAUGAAGGGGUACUGCGAGAAUCUCAUGGAUGAUCUACUUCGACGAAUGGAGCAGUAUGCCAAUAAUUUAGAGGCUCUGGUGGAGGAGAAAACUGAACAAUUGAGUUUAGAAAAACGGAGGAGUGAAGAAUUGCUGUAUCAAGUACUUCCUAGACAAGUUGCUGGACAACUGAUGGCAGGUGAACUGGUCCAGCCAGAGCAGUUCGAGUGUGUGACUAUUUAUUUCUCAGAUAUCGUAGGGUUUACUGCCCUUUGCGCCCAGAGCACGCCAAUGCAAGUUGUGGAUUUUCUCAAUGAUCUCUACAGCACCUUUGACCGUAUUAUCGGGUUCUACGAUGUUUACAAGGUCGAGACCAUAGGGGAUGCCUAUAUGGUGGUUUCAGGGCUCCCCCAGAGGAAUGGAGAUGAGCACGCCAAAGAGAUUGGACUGAUGGCUCUGGCCAUUGUCGAUGCAGUGGCUUCUUUCAAAAUCAUGCACAAACAGGACACACAACUCAGUGUAAGAAUUGGAGCUCACAGUGGACCCGUUUGUGCUGGAGUCGUGGGCCAGAAAAUGCCUCAUUAUUGUCUCUUUGGAGAUACUGUCAAUACAGCAUCCAGGAUGGAAUCUUCUGGACUGCCUCUGCGCAUUCACGUAUCGGAAACGACUAAAAAUAUUCUCGACAAAUUCGGAACUUUUGAGCUUGAAUUACGCGGCGAAGUUGAACUACGCGGCAGGGGCACUGUCACGUCCUAUUGGCUCACUGGAUGCUCAGCCCCUGAUCCGAGAUUAUCAUCACCGAAAAACCGAAAAUACAGUACGAGUCCACCGGAAAAUGGUAUAGCCCUCAAUCCCCUUAUAUUUCCACCUAGUUUGAGUACCAUUACCAAAACCGCUAAUAAUACCUUUAUCAAUUUAUCAGAAUUGUGAGAUCAAUAGAUGAUGGGAAAAAAUAUUCUCACCAAUUCACCAUCAGAUCUUAUAUUUAUUGAGAUUUGCUUUAUUCAAAUUUCAAUUACAUUAAUCAUAGAAGAUAGAGCUUUACCUAUGAUAAACGCUAAGUGUAAUCUGUUCUGAGUAGCUCAGAUGAGCCUCAUAAAUAAAAUAUCCUUUAAUUUUUUAAUGAAAAAAAAAACGAAUAAAAAAUGGAAAUACGUCACAACUUCAAAACUACGCAACUUGAAAAAAUAGGAAAGACACGUUUGCCUAUCAGUCUACUAAAAAUCAAGGAGAAAACAAAAAAUAUCAUUGUUAAAUGGUACUUUCAUUUAAAAAAAACAUCAUUUUAAAAACAAUGAUAACGAUUCUCGUGGCUCAUGUAAUUCAAUAUUGGUCAGAGGAUGAUUUUCCAAUUAUGGAAAUUGUAUAUUCAGCAUUACUAAUAUUGAAGUGGGGAACCAUCGAAAUCGUAUCAAAUGUUUGUUAUCUACGUGUGCAUAAGCACUUUGCACUCAGCUUACGAAAUUAGAAAAAAAAAA